AUGCGCACUGGUCCUCUACCGUACCUCUCCUUAAUAUUUCUUUCUAUACUCUCAUACCCAGCCGCAGCGCUCAAUUGGACAGCAACACCCUUCACCCCGCACGCCGUCCCCCUCGCCGUGCGCUCGCCCUACCUUAGUGCGUGGCUCGCCCAGGGCGCGGGCGCCGCACUAAACGAUGCAUGGGCAACCUUCUGGACUGGUUCGAUCGUGGGAUGGGCGGGGUACGUUCGAGUUGACGGCACGCCGUACACCUUCAUGGGUAUCCCCGCGGGGACCAGCCCCGUUCCAGCGAAAGCGAUCCAGAAAAGCUUGAACUGGACAGCGACGCAGAGUACGUUCGUUCUUAGCGCCGGCGGGGUGGACCUCACCGCCACUUUCCUAAGCCCCAUCACCCCUACGAAGCUCGUCAACCAAUCCUUCCCCUUCUCCUACCUCGCGCUCAGCGCCGCACCGAAUGACGGGAAACCGCACACGGUCCAGGUGUACACCGACAUCACGGGCGAGUGGCUCACGAGCAACGCUAGCCUUGUGGCGAACUGGAGCACGAGUGCGGGUGCAAGUGCGGGUGUGUGGACGCACGAGGUACAGCUCGCGCAGCAGGAGGUGUAUGGCGAGGUGAAGGACCGUGUCCAAUACGGGUCCGCUUACUACUCCACCCUCGCCACCCCGAACACGACGUACCAAACUGGAGAAGACACCCUCGUCCGCUCCUAUUUCCUCGCGAACGGCACCCUCCCGGGCACGCAGGACACGGCCUUCCGCGCGGUCUCCGACCGCUGGCCCGUCUUCGCGUUUGCGCACGAUUUGGGGACUGUCGAUGAGGGUGGGGUGGGGCCGGUUAUGUUUGCUGUUGGGCAUGUGAGGGACCCGGCGGUGGAGUAUGUAGUGGGAGGGGCAGGUGGGUCGCAGAAUCGGAGCUUGUAUUUCUGGAGUCAGUACGACUCUGUCGAUGACGCGAUCGCGGAUUUUAUAGCCGAUUAUCCCAAUGCGCUGACCACCGCGGAGGCGUUCGACGCCCGCCUGCAGGCCGACGCGAGCAAGGUAUCGAGCAACUACGCCGACAUUGUGGCGCUGUCUGUACGCCAGGCGAUGGCCACCGUCGAGCUCACUAUAUCCAAAGGGAGCGAUGGUUCGUGGAAUACGAGCGACUCUAUGAUGUUCCUCAAAGAAAUAUCGAGUUCCGGUCUCGCGAGCACCACCGAUGUCAUCUUCGCCUCCUGGCCGCUCUGGCUGUACGCCAAUCCGGCGCUGGGGAAGUAUCUCCUGCGCCCGCUUCUCGCGUACCAGGCGAGCGGGAUGUAUCCGAAUCAGUGGAGCGCGCAUGAUUUGGGGACGUAUCCGAAGGCGUUGGGGCAUAACGAUGGGAAGGACCUGGCAAUGCCAGUGGAAGAAUGCGGCAACAUGCUCAUCAUGGCCCUCUCCUACACCCUCGCCACGAGCGACCACUCCCUCAUUACCACCUACUACACCCUCCUCGACCAGUGGACCCAGUACCUCGUCACCAACUCUCUCAUGCCGGCCAACCAGCUCAGCACGGACGCCUUCGCGGGAUCUCUGGCGAACCAGACCAACCUCGCCAUCAAGGGCAUCGUCGGCAUCAAGGCGAUGAGCGUCAUUGCGAACAUGACGGGGGAUGCGGGGCGGGCGGCGGAUUACAGCUCUGUUGCGAGUGGGUAUGCGGAGCAGUUUAGUAAGCUCGCUAUGGCGAGCACCGGGGGACACUUGACGUUGAAUUACGGCGAUGACCGCAGCUGGGGCCUCGCGUACAACCUGUAUGCCGACGUGCUCCUGGGCACUCAAGUGUUUCCGAAGUUGUUAUAUCAGAUGCAGGACUGUUGGUACGGUACCGUCGCCAGCACGUACGGCGUCCCCCUAGACACUAGGCACACAUACACCGAAUCAGACUGGGAAAUCUGGAUGGCAGCCCUUGCCACUUCCACGCAGACGCGCGACCUCUUCAUCGAAUCCGUGCACAACUACGCCACAUACAACGUUGGCAACAACAGCGAGCCACUAGGCGACUGGUACGACGCGAUCUCGGGCGUGGCACAGGCAUUCCGCGCGCGCCCACAGGUCGGGGCACACCUUGCGCUCCUGCUUAUCAAUGCCACCACAACAAAUGCGGGGAGUCAGGGAUGUGCACUUACCAGCACCAGUUCGUUUCCAGCAUUUUCUGGGACGCAGGGGCCGAGUGCGACCGGCGGGAGUAGUGGUGCGGCGCCGAGCCAUACAAGCCCAGCGACCCGCGUAAUUGUUCGUCCUGUCCUGCUGGUGUCACUGGCAAUUUCCGUACUGGGGCUGUCGUCCGGCGUGUGGGAUCUGAUAUGGUGAUUUCUAGGGUGAAGGGCUUCGACUGUGUGUGUGUCACAUAUUUAUCAUCUUCCGACGCAGUACGCAAUAUUUAGCCACGUAUCUCGAAUUGAAAGCGAUUGACAGACAUUUCAUCAAUC